GGAGCCGGCGGGAGGAGGCGGAGAGCGGGCGCUUCCCGGAGAGGGGGAGAUGGUGCUGGGUGAGGCGGCGCCGCGAGGCAGCGCCGAGGGGGCGGCGGCGGGCAGGAAGCAGCGCGCGGCCGCCCGCAGGAAGGCCUUUUCCCUGUUCGUCAAAGCCAAGGAGGUGCCGGCCGCGUCGCGGUGUCCCGGCGGAGGAGAGGGCGUGCGGUGGCGGUGCUGCCGGCAGGCGUUCGAGGAGCUGCCCGGCAUCCACAGGCACGUGGCGCUGCACCAUUCCGGGGACGUCGGGCGACAGGCGGGGCUGGGCGCGGCGCCGGCCGACACCGCGGGCGGCACGGCCCGGCCGAGCGGGCGCUCCUGCGGCAGCCCGGAGAUCUCCUGGGCGCUCCCGGACACCAGCCACGUCAGCCACGACGAUCUGACCAGCCAGGUGGGAGACGUACUUCUCUAUUACUGUUACUGUGAGGUGAGGGAUCCAGAGAAACUCUGUGCUUGGCAGAAGGCUUUGUGUCAGCAUCUACAUCUCACUGGCAAGGUACGAGUUGCUUCAGAGGGGAUUAAUGGGACAGUUGGUGGAAGCAAAGUAGCUACCAGUCUUUACAUUAAAGUUAUGCUUUCCCAGCCUCUGUUCAAAACCACUUUGUGUCAAGAGGAUUUCAAGAGCAGCGCAGGAGGAGCUCACUGUUUCCCAGACCUUCGAGUUGGAGUAUUCAAAGAAAUUGUACCUAUGGGCAUUGAUCCAAAGAUAGUGUCUUACAAGGAAACUGGUAUCCAUUUAUCCCCUCAGGAAUUUCAUAGAGAGGUAGAACAGUAUUUGUCUCAGGCCACUCAAGGACAAAGCGAUACCAUCUUGCUGGACUGCAGGAACUUCUAUGAAAGUAAAAUAGGACAUUUCCAGGGCUGUCUGGCUCCAGAUAUCAGGAAGUUCAGCUAUUUUCCAAGCUAUGUAGAUGAAAACCUGGAGCUUUUUAAAGACAAGCGUGUCCUAAUGUACUGCACAGGAGGGAUUCGUUGUGAAAGAGGCUCUGCUUACCUCAGGAGCAAGGCAGUGUGCAGAGAGGUUUACCAGCUAAAAGGUGGAAUUCACAAGUACCUAGAAGAGUUUCCAGAUGGAUUCUACAGGGGGAAGCUGUUUGUAUUUGAUGAUCGUUACGCCAUUUGUUCCAAUGAAGAUAUCAUCUCAGCAUGCAGAUACUGUGGGGUGCUGUGGGACCAGUAUAAACUUUGUUCCAGUCAGCACUGCCGGCAGCUUGUUCUGACAUGUCCAGGUUGUUGCAACAAAGGUCUUACAGCUUGCUGUCCUGUUUGUCAAGAGAAGGAGCUCAAGGUGACUUCAAGGGCUUCAGGACAGAUACUUAAGGAGGAAUGUGAAUGUACAAGGAGACGGCCAAGGGUACCAAUUGAACAUGUCUCACCAAGGAUGCUGGACACAGGAAAAUAUUAAGCUGUUUAAUUGGUUAAUCUGGCAUGUGCUCAUGUAAAGGGGUUCUGUAACCAGAUCUCUAUCUGUUAAUCAGUUAGAUUUGGAAAUUAUGAAAAUAUGUCGGCUUGGAAAGUCUUGUUCAUAUGCUGCCUUUAAACAUAGAAUAUGCCCUGAAAACCAUCCAUUAUUUGCCUAUAAAUUACCAGAGUGCCCGAUCCAUCACCAGCACUACAGGACUUCUCUCUGGGUACAGUCUUGUAGUGUGGCCUUUACCAUGGGGAUUUUGGAGCAGAAUGUCUGCAAUGUGACAGAGCUGCUCACAAUUCAAAAGAAACUGAAGGAAUUCAAGAACAAUUCAAAUUUUUUCUUCCUGCUUGGAGAUCAACCUGUCUGACCUCUCCAAGGAUCAUGCAUCUGCUUCAAUAGCUUGUAGUAAGGUCUGCAAACAGCAGAUUUAUUAAUUUGGUGUGGGUAUGUGACCAGAUUAGAUCCUGAAGACAAUGCACACCGUCAACCUGCAUCUCUUGCUUUAUAGCAGUGAGAAGCAAGGCAAAGUUACCUGAAAUUACUGGCUUAACUCUCGUGUAAAACUGGCUGAAGGCAGCAUAAGGAGCUGGAGUGAAGGCCCAGAGGUACUGUUUGCCUAGCCACACUUGUGUGACCUGUAGGAAGAAAGCAACCCCAAUCUUCUUUCCAGUGCUCAGUCUCCCUGGGAACUAUAUUUUCCUCUCAGCUUGUCAGUGUAUGAAAUAGGCAGGCCUUAGCUCUGCUUGCACAAAAAAAGCGUGACAGCUUGAAGCAUGUUGAAAUAAGCACAUAAAGAGGGGAGCACAGAGACUGUCAAAAUACCAGCAUCAUGGCACUGAAGUAUGUGUGUGUGCAUAAGUGUAAGCAGUAGCUAUGAGGAGACUGCAAGAUCCUUUAUCCAGGUUAAAUAAUUCAAGUUCUGGGAAGCAUUUGUGCUUUUUAAACAUGAGUUGAGUUUUUUAAAAGCUGCAAGAUGUUUCUGCAAUUUCCAGCACUUGUUAGUGCAGAAAUUGUCUUUGAAGGGACCUACAGCAGAUGAGCUUAAAAUACUGCUCCACGUGCUGUAUUGUGUGCCUGAUGGUAUAGAAUAUACAGAAAGGAUUUAUUAAUAGUGUGGAAGAUGUGUCUUGAUUGAAAAAUAUCUUUGAAAAUUCCUGUCAUUCUGGAAACUAUAAACAGUAAGUCAUUAGGACAUCAAAGUCACUAAGUGUAGGGUUUUUUACUGGAAAAUGCUUCUAAAUGCAAGAAAAUAGUUUCUUAGGUUUCUGCAGUUGCCUAAUGACAGGACUAUGUUAUUUUCAUAUAGAUUGUACCUUUCUCCCAUGGUGCUAUUAAUUCAACAAGGCCUCAUUGUUGGCUUGACUAGGAAAUUAAAUACAUGGGCAUUGGUUCCAUUAAAGCCAUGACAAACGUUUCUUCUUGCUUCCAGUAUUGCAACCAUGAAAUUAAUUGUUCACCAUCUGUCCUCACAACAGUUCCAUUAAUGAGGAAAAACCCUGGAGCUUAGGAGUAUUUUCUUUACGAAUCUUUCUAGGAUAGUAUUUAGUGGUAAAUCUGUGAACAACCCAUCCUUAAGAAGAAAUUAGAAAAUUCCCAUCAGGAGACACCUUCAGCAGAAGUCUGAGCAGUGCCAAUGUCUCCCUGGCUUCCCAGUCCCUGCUGGCCAGUUGACCUCUGUGGUUUUGUGGACUGGAGUAUUUGUGAAGAAACAUGCUAGCUCUACUUAUGGAUCUGGUCUAAAGCACUGAUGGGGAGUGCCCCAUGAUCUUCCGGUCUUAGGCUAAAAAGAACACAAUUUUGUAAUUCAGUCUUAUCAGCACAUCUGGAAUACUGUAAGAAAUUUGUAAUGCUGUUUCUGUAUCACUUAUCAGUACAGGACAGCAACAACUAUAUUUUAUAUGUAAAAUUCUGAAACAUCUAUGAUAACCUUUACUGCUUCCAUUAGAAUUCUUUAAGUACUGCACAAAUACACUUCACGUGCUAUGUUGGAGGUGCUUAAUUCUGCAGAGGUAAACACUGAAACUAGCUAGUCUCCCACAUACCUGGCUACAAGGUACAAUUCUCCUGAGAACUCCUCACAGCUGGAGAUUCUACCUCAAAGGCAGAGGGGAGCCAUAAGGCCUCUCCUGGUCCUUGCUGCACUAAGGUAAGGGAGAAGAAGGAUUUGAGAUGUACAGAGUCCCAAAAAGCCAUGUUUUCUCUGCUGCAGAGAGCAGAGAAGGGGAUAAGAGACCGUUUUAGCUGCCUUCUUGCAUGUUAGCCCAUAAGGGGUUAACUGUCAUGUGUUCUGGGUUUGUUUUGUCAGAUUAAUACAAAUAAGGACAUGCCAUGUGAAAAGCUAUGUGGUGGUAUCCGGGCAUCUCAGCAGUAAUGUCUGAAAGAAGGCACAUGUUCAGGAGAGGGAAGAGUUUUCAGCAGGAUGGGCUGUCACUGCCAGAUGCUACAGAUGGCUUUUCCUCCCUUUUACUGGGGAGCUGCUGAGCCAUAUUUGCAAACAGGGACACAUUUGCUCCUAAGUAGCACCAUUUUGUAGCUCCAUUGCUGCACAGCUUACAGCCUUUCACCACACAGUGUGAUGCCUCAGCUUUGUGAGGAUCAGGCAAAGCUCCUGGGAUGAUCCUGACAGAUUAAGAUCCUUCCUUUGGGCUGCAUGGUUAAUGUGGAUGCUGCUACAGUGAAACAGUGAAACACAGGACAAAAUUAUUUUUCUUUCUUUUUUUUUUUUUUUUUUUUUUUUUUUUUUUUUUUUUUAAGGGUUGUAGUAGUAUCUGUGUGGUAGUGCUCCCUGGUCUGCAGAUGCAUCUCCUUGCAUGUCUGUGCUUCUUAGUACCACCAGGGCUUUUCAGGAUAAGAUUCAUUUAUGUUCUGAAACCAAGGGGAGAGCUGAACCUUUGUUGUGCAAAUCCAAGUAGAUGGCUCAGGUAAAAGUGUGUAGCUGUAAUUUGAUUAUUUAGUCAGUCAUUUCAGAGUCUUCACGGUGCACAUAGAAGGAAGUACUUUUUUAAGUCUGUCAGGUUUUUUUCAUUUUCAUAUGUUUUCCAAGUAUUUUUAUUCCACAUUCAUUUUCUGAUACAGAACUUGCACAGUGGAGGAAACAAGCUAUGGUGAGGCAUUUUAUAUGACACCACAGGCACGUUUAUUGAGAUUUGGAGAGCAGUGAGUAUGUUUCCCACAUUGCUGAAUAGUGUUCCUCUGCUUCACUGGUCAGAGCUAAAUCAUCACUGUUGUUUGGGCACAAGCUCUGGAGAAAUCUCUGUGACUUUUGCCAGACUGUAUGUAAAAGGCUGAAAAACUUCACUCUUUAACAGACAUUUAAAGGAAGAUUUCUAGCCAGAGACAUUUUCUAUGAUGUAUCAUCUGCCCAAGAUUAAGGUUUCAGUACAUCAAUGCUUCUUCCAUGGAGACUACUUACUGAGCAGGAUCCCACCCACAUUAACAGUGGGAGUUUUGGAUGUGCUGGAUCCAGUCUCCUGCAGGUCUGGGAGAUCCACAAGCUGGUGGGGGAUUCCUCCCAGACUGGAUGAUGAGUAUACUGGAUCAUGAUAAAAAGCUGUGAGACUGUAUGUAGCGUAAGUUCAUAUUUGGGGUAUUUCACUUCACAGCUUUUUUAGGGCACAACAUUUAUUCGUGCAUUUAUGUGGACAUAAGGGACACCAGUAAGAGAAAAUAAUUUGUAGCAGAACAAAAUUUAGUUAAUGGAUAUGGUCAUCUAGACAAAACAGCAAAGGGAGAGAAUUUGACCUGUCUUCAGUGACUGUGUGGACAAAUGCUUUUAACACUAGGAAACUGAAAAGAGUGGGGAGUAGAAGAGAAGGCUUUCAUUUGCUGGUUGAUUUGGCCAUCUCUGGGGGUUAGGGUUUGCAUCACAUCUCUUAGAAUGACUGUUUUCUUUACACAUGCAUGGACUGAAGGGUAUUCACCCAUCUAAACCACUUGAUUUUUGAGACUGUUUUAUAUUUGGUGGCCUUAAAUUUCAUUUAACUGGGGGGUGGAGAUCAGUUUUUCUUUUAAGAAACACUGGGAUGCAUUUGAUGCAGCAUUUCAAAUGAUUCAGCAAAUGUUGGCAAAAAAUUGUGACUCACAGUUCUUGAAAUUAGCCAUGUUUCCAGAUGUUAGAAGUGCUUGUUAAACUAGUUACUCCUCUGUAGUUACUUGAGAUCAACGUUGAAAAAUAAAAUAAAGUAUUUUUUUAAUACUUCUCUAA